CGCAAGAUCACUUUAUGAGAAAAUGCAUUUGAUUUAGUAAGAGUGAUUAUGAGAUGAUGGCACAGGAGGCUGAGAUUGGAAGAAAAGCGUCACUAUUAUCAAUUUUAUCUGUUAAAUAUGAAGACGACAGAAGAAAAUCUUCAUUAGGACAAAAAGUACCAAAGGAUCCUUAUUAUGUAGUGUAUAUCACGUGUUUUCUUAUGGGAUUUAUGAAUGUUGUGCCAAUAUUCUUUUUUAAUGCAGCUGCUGGGUAUUGGAUGUACAAAUUUCGAGACCCCAGUUUAGGAUCUGGAACAACUUCGGGUUCUGAAAGAACAACCUUGCAAGCAUAUUACCAACCGUGCGCAGUGGUAGCGCAACAACUUCCAAGCAUCAUUUUCUCGUUCAUCUUGACCGUGUACGGCCACAAAUUUUCCGCAAUGAAAAGGGUUUUGGUUACACUAUCAUUGUUUGUAGUUCUCUAUCUAACGUUUGCUGUGUUUACGCAGAUCAAUACUGAUUCAUGGCAGUCUGGAUUUUUUGUGAUGACUAUAUCUCUUCUAGUAUUGAAUACUGCAUUAACAGCCACAAUUCAGAUGUCAUCGGCAGUAGUAAUGGCUAAACUGCCUCAGAAUUACCUGAUGUCUUUUCUACUAGGCCAGAAUGGAUCUAUCUUGACGUCAAUCUUACAAAUCAUAGCUGUAGCAGUAACAGAUUUUCAACCGACAGCAGGAUUAAUUUACUUCUUAGUAGGAUCAUUCAUAAUAGCUAUUACAUUGGCAUUGCUAAUGAUGUCAAGGAAUACGAAAUUGUUUGAGCACUAUCAAGUUGAAGUUGCCAAUAAUCAACAUUCUGAGAUGAUUAGUAGAGUUGAAGCUAAGGAGCUUCUAAAGAAAAUUUGGCCGAGUCUAGUUAUUACUUGUAUUUUGAUUGGGAAUAUGACUACUAUACAUCCAGCAAUCACCACAUUGGUGGAGUCUCAAUAUAAUAAUACAUCGUGGAGUGAUAAAUAUUUCACCCCUGUAUGUGUUUUUUUAACUUCCGAUGCUGCAUCGUUACUUGGAAGAAUUGUAUCAAACAAAGCUUUAAUAACGGAAUCAAAUAAAUGGUGGUACGUAGUUAUCACCCUAGCAAGAUUUCUAGUCAGUGUACCGAUAUGUAUGCUCUUUGAUGCACAACCAAGAACUAAUAUUCCUGUAAUAUUUAACAAAGAUUGGGAGUUUAUAAUUUUCUCGGCACUCUUUGGUUUCACCAUGGGCUUUUUAAUGAACAUCUCCUUCAUGAGCUUAAAGAGCUUAGCACCUGGAAAGCAGGAACAAUCAUUAAAGAUAAUGGUACUAUCUUUUUCAUUGACAAGUGCUAUCACAGCAGCUAAUGGUUUGCUAAUGGUGAAGGCGCUAUUAUUAUAAAUGCUCCAGAAUAAAUAGAUCUCUUUAUUUUUGUAUAUAGUUAAAUAAAUUAAAUUAGGUAUAUUUAAA